AUGUUUGAACCUGUUCGAGGAGGAACGAGAGGAGGACAAGCUGAAUUCAAAUGGUCAGAUGUCUCAGCUGACAAGGACCGUGAAAAUUAUCUAGGCCACAGUAUCAAUGCACCAACUGGCCGUUGGCAGAAGAACAAAGAUAUCCAUUGGUAUAAUCGGGAGAAACAGCAGACGGAAGACGAGAGGCAGGCGGAGAUUCAGAAGGUGAAGCAGUUGGAGGCGGAGGCGAUUGCUGCUGCGUUGGGAUUCCAACCGACUACAAAACCUGGCGAGGGUGCUUCGGCGGCAACUGGUGCGAACGCGACUGCAGGACCGACGGCUGCGCCUGCAAAAGACGAGAAGACGGAAGAGGAGAGGUUGAAAGAGAAGGAGGAAAAGAAGAGAAGGAAAGCGGAGAGGAAAGAAGAGAAAGCCAGGAGAAAAGAGGAGAAAAGGGCGAGGAGGCGGGAAAGGGAAGGCAGGGGUAGGGACUAUGACGAUGAGGAGGACAGGCGGAGUAGGAGACGGCAUUCACGUUCCAGGUCGCCGAGACGGCGGUCUGCUUCACCUCGAAGAGGCUCGGAUUCGGGAAGGAGGAGGACAGAGUCGCCUCAUCGACACCGCGAUAGGGACGACAGGGACUAUGAAGCCAGGGAACGAGACCGGUAUAGAAGUCGAAGUCCUACUCGAUACGACCGCAGGCACUAA